UAUGAUUUUAUUCCAGCGUGAUCAACAUAGACAGUAUUUGUGCGGAUUACAGCUGCAUGCAAUGUCAUCAUCGUCACAAAGAGAAAUCAGGACUAUGAAGGACUUUUUGGAGGAAACUGAUCUGAACUUACUUGAAUGCAAGGUCUGUUUUGAAAAGUAUGGACACCAGCAAAGACACAGGCCCAAAAACCUUCCAUGUGGCCAUAUUAUAUGUCAGCACUGUGUUUCUUCUCUCUGUCUCCAUGGAAAUCAAAGGCUAGAGUGCCCAUUCUGUCGCAAAGGUUGUCGAAAACAGGAAACUAGUGUAUGUCUUCCUAUUUUACACCUGUUGGAGAUCAUAGGACGUGUGGUUCCAGAUCACCCUGAAGCUUCUUCUGUAGACUGUUCCAGAAGUCAAGUGACAAGUCUUAAAUCUGCAAAUUUUAACCUUAGCAUGUCAUUUGGUGGUUGGGGAGUACUUUUUAACCCAACUGGUAUUGCUUUUUGUACCAAAACGAAAAGCUUGGUUGUGUCACAUGAUGGCAAGAAAAGAAUUGCAAGAUUCACAAUGAAUGGGAAGUGCUUGCAACAAACUGGAGCAAAAGCAGAUUCUGACAAUGCAAUUAUUUAUCCAGCUGAUGUAGCAGUAACAUUUGAUGGUUUCCUAAUUGUGACAGAUACAGGGGAUCGAUCCCUUAAGGUGUUCUGUAAAUCUGGCGUGUGUAAGUUGGUUGUUAAACAUCCAUUCAGCUUUCCCUGGGGCCUGGGUAUCAACUCUAGAAAUGAAAUCAUAGUCUCUGAUCCUGACACUGGAAAUCUUGUUCUCCUAGCUAUGGACUUUGACAAUGCAAACAUCACAAAAUGUUUAGAUGUUUAUUCUCAUUUGAACCAUCCUAGAGAGAUUGCUGUUUGCCAGGCAAGUGGAGAGGUUAUUGUGGUAGAGCAUGUAGUAAGGGACAGCAAAACAUGUUCUAGUACAUGCCUAAAACUUUUUAGUAGUGAGAUGAAACCCUUAAGGCAAAUUGAUAGUUUUAGUUUGAGCUUGCUUCUACCUUUACCUGUACAUACCUCUGGGGUGGCAUUUGAUCAUUCAGGUAAUAUAUUAUUAGCAGACAUCAAUAAUAGAUGUGUCAUUUGUCUUCAGAGGAUAGGAGACUUUCAUACCAUAAAGCAUGUUGUUGCAAGUGGUCUCUCCUACCCAGUGGCAUUAGCUGUGCUAGAGGAUGGCUCUGUUGCUGUGCUGGAUAGUGGUAAUCAUUCAGUUCUAAUGUAUUCUCCGUAAUAACUUCAGCAUGUUUUAUCUAACUACAAACAAUAUAGGUUUAAUAUGUAUGUAUCAGCGCAUACAGGCUCCUAAAUGAUAUGACUUCUCCAAACAUGCAUAGUGAGUUUGUCUGCUUUUAGUAGUGGCCUCAUUCACUCCACUUGUGCCGUGAUACAGUUGUGCAGGAUUUAGACAGGGCUCAGAGCUGGAAGCCGAACCCUGUGUGUCAGUCAAGCAGGGAGUGUGGCAUUGUUACAGCCCAGGGACCUUCAAAGGAUUGGGAACAUUUAUUUUAUGCUUGCCAGUGCCAGAAGAAAAGCAUAUAUACCAUUUUAAAAGAAUGAAUAGCUAAACCAAAGAUACUGUUGGUCUCCUUGACAUACUAGCAAAUGAUUAUUAUCCCCAGCUCUUUGUUCAUUAAAAAGGCAGUUUUUUGUUUUUGUUUGCUUUAACGGCAGAAAAUGAAGGCAAGAAAUGGUGCCUAAAAAUAGCCAUAAGAUGCUUUGCAGCCUUUUAUUCAGUCUGUCACAAUGAUAGCAUUAUAACAAAGCAGAUAACAAAUAUUGUAGUAAACAGAACAAGGGAAGUGGUACCAUGAGCUUAGGACUAGAAUGCUACCCUCCUUUGCUAAACAAAAGUGAAUGGUGUUAUUUACAAAUAUGGAAUUUCAUAUCAAAGGAGUACUCCGAUGAAAAACUUUUUUUUUCAUAUCAACUGGCUCCAAAAUGUUAAACAGAUUUGUAAAUUACUACUUUUAAAAAAUCUGAAUCCUUCCAGUACUUAUCAGCUGCUGUAUGCUCCAGAGGAAGUUGUGUAGUUAUUUACAGUCUGACAGCAGUGCUCUCUGCUGACACCUCUGUCCGUGUCAGAAACUGUCCAGAGUAGGAGCUAAUCCCCAGAGCAAACCUCUCCUGCUGAGGACAGUUCCUGACACGGAUAGAGGUGUCAGCAGAGAGCACUGCAGACAGAAAAGAACUAUACAACUUCCUGUGGAGCAUACAGCAGCUGAUAGGUACUGGAAGGAUUAAGAUUUUUUAAUAGAAGUAAAUUACAAAUCUGUAUAACAUUCUGGCACCAGUUGAUUUGAAAAAAAUUAAAUUCCACUGGAGUAUCCCUUUAAUAUGGCAAAAUAUGGAAUUUCAUGGUUAUCUAUAUUUGUCUUUUUGUAAUCUUUAAUGUAGUAAAUUUGAGUAGCCGUAUUAGUCCAUUGAUGCAGAUGCAAAUUAAAAAAAUGUUGCAGUAUCUUGUAAUACCUUUUUUAUUGGACUAACAGAAUUUUGUAGAGACAAGCUUUCGGGAUUCCUCCCUUUGGACUUGAUAAAAAAGGUAUUACAAGAUACUGCAACAUUUUUUGAUUUGCAUCUGUGAAUGUUUGUUGGAAAAUAAAGCACCAGAAGUCUCCUUCACACCUACUUCUUUCUUGGACGUUUUUUUUUUUUUAUAAAAAAUAUAUAUAGAAAAUUGAAAAAAAUUUUGAGCUUCAUGCAGUUUUUGUAGCAUGUAUUUUAGUGUGCUUUUUGUUGCACUUUUUGUUUUUCUUGUUAUGUGAUUCAUGAUUCUUUCAUAAUGAAUGUAAAAAAUGUUUUUUUUAAAUGCAUAAAAAACACAAUACACAUCUUUAUACGUUUUUAAGCAGGAAAAGAACUAUGGUGGUGUUUGGCUGCUUUCACACUAUGAGCAUUCAUCCAUUAUUAAAUGUCUAUUUUCUGUGUAAAAACGGACGUUUAAUAACGGAUGAAAUAAAGGGUGCUAACGGCUGAAUAAAUAUUCAUCCGUUACCUUUAUCCCUCAUGUAUGGCCAAACACCUCUGCCUACAGACUCCCACAGCCGGGACUACUACUGCUCCCAUCAUGGAACAGACUUGUUUCCAUGAUGGGAGUAGAAAUUCCCUGGCUGCAGGA